CCGAGGCUGAGUCUCCCAGGCGCCGCCGCCCGGCCCGGCUCGGAGCCCACGCCGCUGGGGCUGGGCUGGGGAGGGAGAGGUCGCUGAGGCCUGAGGGUUUGUAGAUCAAAAGGCAGCUGCCAUUGAAAGUUAGCGCCUGUUUCCAAGACAGCAAGCACCAGGGGGGCCACCAGGAGCAUUAACGGAAAGCUUAAAUUACCUAAAUGACUGAUCAUGGUCUCCAGCUGCCAAAGAAGGUUGUGGAUGCCAAGAGAAAGGUAACCAUUUCUCAUCCCCUCGAGCGUAACUGGAUGCCUCUAGGAGCCCACACCGGCUGGCAGUAGACAUGGCUGAACUUACAAACUACAAGGAUACCGCCUCCAGCCGCCACCUGCGGUUUAAGUUACAGAGUCUAAGCCGCCGUCUUGAUGAGUUGGAGGAAGCCACAAAAAACCUCCAGAAAGCAGAGGAUGAGCUCCUGGAUCUGCAGGACAAGGUGAUUCAGGCAGAAGGCAGCAACUCCAGCAUGCUGGCGGAGAUUGAAGUGCUGCGCCAGCGAGUGCUGAGAAUCGAAGGCAAAGAUGAGGAAAUUAAGAGAGCGGAGGACCUGUGUCAGCUGAUGAAGGAGAAGCUUGAAGAGGAAGAAAACCUCACCCGGGAGCUGAAAUCAGAGAUUGAGCGGCUUCAGAAACGAAUGGCUGAACUGGAGAAGCUGGAGGAGGCCUUUGGCAGGAGUAAGAAUGAUUGUACCCAACUCUGUCUGAGUCUGAAUGAGGAGAGAAACCUGACAAAGAAGAUCUCCUCUGAGCUGGAAAUGCUCAGGGUCAAAGUGAAAGAACUGGAAUCUUCCGAGGACCGCCUGGAUAAAACUGAGCAGAGUUUAGUGUCGGAGUUAGAAAAGCUGAAAUCAUUAACUCUGAGCUUUGUAAGUGAGAGAAAAUACUUGAAUGAAAAGGAGAAAGAAAAUGAGAAACUGAUAAAAGAGCUCACUCAGAAACUGGAGCAGAACAAAAAAAUGAACCGAGAUUAUACAAGGAAUGCUUCUAAUCUUCUGGAAAGGAAUGACCUACGGAUUGAGGACGGGAUCUCCAACACACUGCCAUGCAAAGAAUCAAGAAGGAAGGGCACUCUGGACUAUCUAAAGCAGGUAGAGAACGAGACAAGAAACAAAUCCGAAAAUGAAAAGAACCGAAAUCAGGAAGACAACAAAGUUAAAGACCUUAACCAAGAGAUUGAGAAACUUAAGACACAAAUCAAACAUUUUGAAUUUUUGGAAGAAGAACUUAAGAAAAUGAGGGCCAAAAAUAAUGAUCUUCAGGAUAAUUACCUAAGUGAACAAAAUAAAAACAAACUCUUAGCCAGCCAGCUGGAGGAGAUAAAGCUCCAAAUCAAGAAACAGAAAGAGUUAGAGAAUGGGGAGGUGGCAGGGGAUGAGGCCUUCCUGUCCAGCAAAGGCAGGCACGAGAGGACUAAGUUCAGAGGCCAUGGGAGUGAGGCACCUGUGUCCAAGCACAUGCCCCGGGAACUGUCCCCUCAGCAUAAGCGGGAGAGGCAUCGAAACAGGGAGUUUGUGCUCAACAGUGAAAACUAUUCUCUGGGCAACAGGCAGGUUUCCUCUCCCAGUUUCACUAAUAGGAGGGCAGCCAAAGCUUCCAACGUAGGGGCGGCUGCAGACAGUGGGACUCAGGAGACCAGGAGAACUGAAGACCGGUAUGCAUCGGGCUCUUCUCAGAGUGAAGGGAGGAGGCCCCGGGAGCAGCCUUCAGUGCUCAGCCGCUACCCACCAGCUGCUCAGGAGCACAGUAAAGCUUGGAAGGGUACUCCCAAGCCAGGUACCGAGAGUGGGUUGAAGGGAAAAGUGGAGAAGACAACACGAACAUUUAGUGACAGUACCACCCAUGGAUCUGUUCCCAGUGACAUACUGGGUAGAGCUGACAAGGCCUCUGACACCUCCACGGAGGCCCUCUUUGGCAAGAGGGGGCAGGUACCCGGCAACGGAAGUCCGUUAAAUCAGGCUGCAGACUGUGGCAGUCCUAAGGGGAUUGGGUCCCUGGCCUCAUCUCGAAGAUCUUCCUCAGAAGGGCUCUGCAAGGGCAAAAAGGCUGUCACUGGCCAGGAGGCUGAUACCGGUUCCUCAAAUUCCAAGCCUCCACUUUUAUCAAAGUAUCCUUAUAGCUCCAGAAGCCAAGAGAACAUCCUUCAGGGCUUUUCAACCCCAAACAAAGAAGGCAUCGAUCAGCCCGUAGCCGUUGUGAUGGAAGACAGCAGUCCACACGAGGCCCUGAGGUGCCGAGUCAUCAAAUCCAGUGGCAGAGAGAAGCCAGACUCAGAUGACGAUGUGGACGUAACCUCUCUCGUGACUGCCAAGUUGGUAAACACAACCAUCACUCCGGAGCCAGAGCCAAAACACCAACCCAACUCUAGGGAAAAAGCCAAAUCCCGAGGGGGACUUAGAACCUCCCUGUUUGAGACUGAUAAAGAUGUUGGAACAGAAAAUGAAUCUGUGAAACCUGUCCGAGCCUCCACCAAUGCCGUGGAGUUCCCAGAUACCAAUGGUGCUGGGGCUACAAGCCAGCGGCCCUUCAGCCCCAGAGAGGCCUUGCGGUCCAGGGCCAUCAUCAAACCUGUCAUCAUUGAUAAGGAUGUGAAAAAAAUCAUGGGAGGAUCUGGAACGGAGGCCACCACGGAGAAGCAGAAGUCCACCUCCAGACCAGGGCCAAACAAGGUGACAAGCAGCAUAACCAUCUACCCCUCUGACAGCCCCAGCCCUCGGUCCGCCCCAGGUGAGGCUCCGCGGGAGAGGCACACGUCCACCAGCAACAUCCAGCUUGGGCCAGCAGAGCUCCCGUCAGGUAGCAACCACAUCAGCACCCCCUUGGAGCUCUCCAUUCACAAACAUGACAUUGCCCUGCAGCUCCCGGAAGCUGAAAGAACGGGAGAUGGGCCCCUGAAGAACAGGCCAGAAACAGUGGUCUCUCGGAGCAGCAUUAUAAUCAAGCCCUCAGACCCCGUGGAGAGAAACAGCCAUGCACCCCCAGCAGAGACAAUCAGGUGGAAAAGCCAUGGUGCCCCUUCAGAAGCGGGCUCUGCAGACACCAGGCAUGUUACCGUGCGGAACGCCUGGAAGAGUCGGCGAGACUUGAACUCUUUAGAAGACCCCCCAGCUCGAGGAGGCAGAAACGUGGAAGCUCCCAACGCCUACACCCAGAGGGCCGCCACAGACUGUUCAGACCUCGGACAGCCCAGGUUGUACCUUUGCGAGCAGGGCACUCAAAGGGCAGGAAAUUCAGGGGACGCCCCCGAGCUCGCCUCCAGAAGGAGCCACAGCAGCCUCACCGUGUCCGAGGUGCUCACUCGUCGGAAUCGGGUGGGAGACGCAGGCACCACGGCAGCCUGGAACCACUCGGCAGGCGCGGAGGAAGGGGACGACUGCGCACUCGGUGCCCACAGGCGACCGCACAACUCCCUGGAGCGGUGUGAGCUGCCUGCGAAGCCGGGGCCGUCAGAGCCGGGGCGAGCCCGGGCUGAGGAGCGGUUACGGCCAGCCAGGCCCUGCGCCGAGGACAACUGAGCCUGCUGGGUGAGGUCUGCCGUCUCCUCUGCUCCCGCUUCUCCGCUCUCCUGCCUUCCUGCCCUAUGAAGGAUGCCGGGCCAGUUAACGAGGCUGGACGCCAGGCCUUGGCUGGGAGAGAUGGCAGACCAGGCUGUGGCUCAGGUCAUUUUUGCCAGUUGGCCAGAGGGGAUCAGAAACUACAAGCUGGACAUAAGUCACCCAGGCCCGGCCUUCCCCAAUGCAUGAGUCCUCUCUCCUUGUCCCUGUCCCCAGGUCGGAUGGGCCCCUCUGGCCCCCAAAUGGGGAAAGCUCUAGAAACCCCUUGUAUCCUCGUCACACAACAGCAGCCGAAAGCCCUUCUCUGCUCCUUGGUGGGUCAGAGGGCGCCCUUUCAGUGCUUAGUUUCUUCCAGUUCACUCCUUGUUUGGUCUAGGGGCCUAAGUACCGGCCGAGACCCAGCAGCGGUCCGCGCCACCUGGGGGCGUCCCUCAGACUUGGGCAGCAGCAGGUCUGUGCUGCUUCUGGGGGACUGUGGGACCAACCUUUAGGCUGAAGCUUCUCUGACGUGGCCCCCUGGCUGAUGAUGGUUUCCUGGGGGCAGAGCACACGGGUACCCACCUACUGGACUGAUGUCAUCCCCCCCGCCCCCCGGCUCUCGGCUGACCUUCCAAAGGCACCUGGAAGCGCACAAGCCUCACGCAUCUCCUUUCCUGGGCACCAAAAAAUGCUGCUGGCCCUGCCCGCUCCUCUCCCUUGGCUGGAGACUUCAGGCCGACUCCGUCGUUUCCAGCCUUCGGAAUUCUCCCGGACUAAACUGGGCCUGGCCCAGCGUGCUCUGCCUUCUAGCAAGUGCCCAGCAAGGGGGAAGAUGGGCAGGAAGAAGCAUUUCCCCAGUCACUGCACAGAGCAAUAUUUCCGUGAAAGGUAUGGACUCUGUCCCUCUUCCUUCCCCCCACGGAGGAGGUAUGGCACUUUACCAAGCUGGCGCGUUCCUCCAGAGGUGGGCCCUCAGGGUCUGCGAACUAUCAUGAGGAGGACUUCACUGGAGGAAAGGUAAUAAAUGCCUACCGAGGCCCCAGGUUUGUACAAACGCGAAAUGCAGCAAACCUUUCAGGAAGCCGCAUAAAUAAAAAUGGAUUAGUUUCCGUAUACCAGUCACGGGGGAGGGAGGGGCGUGGUUACAAAGAACCGUAUAUUCUUGGCACUGCUUUUUGUAGAACACUCAGUUCAAAGAAGGGAUCCCUUUUCAGAGGCUUGUAACGGUGCAGACACUGUUCCUUCAUAGUGAGAGUGUAACUAGGCUCAGGAAAGCGGGAUUUUCUUCAUGGCUUUGCUGUGGGACUUUGGGCGAGUCACUGUCCUCUUGGGGCCUCAGUUCCCUUAUCUAUAAAGUGAAUUCUUUGAAAUGGUCUCUAAGGGUCCCAGAUCUGGCAUUCUGCGAGGAUUCUGGUUAUACUGUCCUGUGGGGGGUUGAUGCUUUUGGAAGGUAGCAUCCAGAUGGUUCAGGGAAGGGGUUACCCCCCUGCCUUGUUUUUCUGGACCUUAUUUUUUCCACGUUUUAACAUCAUGAGGAUGAACUCCGCAGAGCUCGGUUGGCCUCGUUUUUCUAGUCUGUGAGAGGAGGGAUUAGGUCAGCUGGCUUCUGUAGCCCUUCUGGCGCCAGCCUUGCCCACUUGGCACACAGUGUCCCCUGGCUUUCGGGACACCAGUUGGCCGUCUUGUGUUGCUGUGCCUUGUGACUGGUCUUCCCUGUCUGCACUCAGUGUGGGAACCAGCGCUCGUGGCGCCCGUGUCUGCCAUCAGACUGGGCGACCCUGGAGGCGGCUUGGGGCACACCUAGCUUCCUUUCGGGGACAGGAAAGUUUUGCGCCGACUUCCAUUUUCUGGAGUGUUGCCAGUCUAAGGGCAUUGCUGUCUAGCUUCUCUUUGCUUACAGUGCUGCCUCAGAGGCUCCGUUUAAGACGCUGUUUUCAAAAUCUCUUCCUGCUGCUUCCCCUGGGUCACUGCCCAGAAACUAGCUUGCCCAAGGCUGCAACCUCUCACCUGUAGCCUCCCUGCCCUUCUUCUUCACUGGUUGGCAACCUUGAGAGUCCAAAGGAAACGGACCUCUGUCGUGGUCAACUGAGGUUACAGGAAACUAAGCCUGUGGCUCUUCUCUGCUGGUGGAAACAAAAGGGUGCCAAGCCAUGCCUACAAAGAUUUUGCCAAUAAUUCACAUCUUUGGGCGUUGGAGCCCUGGAUUCUGGUGCUGUAGCUCCUGGUGCCAAAGUCUGGAUCUUUCCACAUUGCAGCAGCACCGACACCUGCCACUCCUCAGAAGGUCUGUGGAGGAGGGACAGUGGUGGUGCCCUCUUGCUGGGGGCUGCGAUCUUAAACUGAGUGCAAUAGGGUUUGAUUGUAACCAUUAUUUCAGGAUAAGUACUGUGUUUCCUUAAUCGGCAUACUUUCUAGAACCAUUGCGAAAUAGAUUUUAUUUUUAAAUGUCCUCAGCAUUGCAGAAGAUACCAUUUGUAAUAGCAAAUGAAGGCUGGAGGCUCAGUUCCUCUGGGUUUCAAAUGGCUGGCAAGGCUGGCUCGCAAAUUCCGAAGUUCGAAGGCACCUUUCUGAAAAGCAACCUGUGUGUGUGACCACCUGGACCUCACUGUUAGGGGUCCUAGGGAAAACUUCCACGAAAAGGGGAGACCUGGUAGUGAAAUAGCUGUCCAAUGGACCAGCUGUCCCCACCGCCCCAGCCAACAGACCCGCUGUUAGGACAAGCCUCUGCUGCAGCACGGCUCCAGCUCACUGGCAGGUGGCUGGCUGUGGGAGGGUGCCCAGGGAGCCUGGCGCUCCAGAGCUGCACGGUUGGAGCAAGUAUGUGAGGGCUGAAUGCCAGAGGCCAGUCCCUCACCACUCUGGUACUCAACCCCCUCCCCCCCGCCGCCCCGAGAAGGAUGCAAGGGGUGGCAGGCAAAGAAGCCCUGGCUAUUUUCUUUUACUUGGCAAUGAAAGCACACGGGCUGAAGGGACCUGCAGUGGGGCCCAGGACACCAGUCUCCAUCACAGGCAAGUCGGCACAUUCAUCCUCCCCCCUCAGCGGGUGUGGGGAGGGUCUCUGGAGCUUGGAGCUGGCAUUCUGGGGCAGUUUUAGUGCUUUACAUGUAGUGGGUUCGUGCCAAGUGCUACCCUUUUCCGGUAAAGGAACGGGGACCCAGCCGCUGGGUCCCCAGUCGUCCCUGUUGAGGUGGGGUUUGUUGUUACUCCGACAAGACUGCUUUGGAAGAGCUGCUUUUAGGGAUUAUCUUUUGACUACCCCAGGUGGGGCACAGGGUUCUCCUCAAAGCCUCACACCCAAGAUCAUAGGAAAGGGGCCCUAUUUUCCUGCUGCUUCACAGCUCAGAACAUGUACUGAAUGGAAUGUAUUUUUAAGAGAAUAAAGUCUAUUUUUUUGUAUUUUAAAGAAAGAUUGGGAGGGCUGGGGAAGUAGCCCUCAAAAAACUCUUAAUGCAUCAGAGGCCCCUUUGCUGGGGGGCCUCGGUCUCUGUCAGUCCACCUCUGCUCAUUCAGGCAGGUGCUCUGGUCUCACCCCUGCCCCUUGGAGUCUAGGUGCAGCAGCUUCUACAGUCCUGCUCCAAGCAUGGGACCAAGGAGGCCGGACCCUGUUGCUGGAAACCAGGGCGAAGCCACGAGCAGUGACUCGGGGCUCCUUGGGUGCAUGUGUGUAGUGGAAGCUGCCUGUCUGCAUGUAUCCUCUGGCUCGAAUGCUGUCUGUUGGCUCUGCAGCACGAUAUGUAACCAAUAAAGCUCCCUAGUUUCCAUGUG